AUGGGGAACGCUAUACACCAAUUCAAGGCUCUCUUCUGGAAAAAUUGGCUCUGCCGUGUGAGGCAACCGGUCCUCUCUCUCACUGAAAUACUGUGGCCAUGUGUACUUUUCUUGAUUCUAGCUGCCAUCCGCUUCCAGGAACCCCCAAAAUACAAGGAAAACUGUUACCUAGAAGCUCGUGAUUUACCGAGUGGGGGCCUUUAUCCCUUCCUGCGGAGCCUUUUCUGUAACGUGGGCUCGAGGUGCAGGAAUGCCAGCUACACAGCGCAGAGACACAGCCGCUCUGGUGCAAGCCCUCAACGUGGUCCAGAGAGAGCCACUGGACCUGAUCUGGACUUCAUGGAAGAGAUAGAAGAACUUGCAAAGGAAUUUAUUGAUACUACAGAGAAAGCUAUGGCCUUAGAAAAGCUAUGGGAAGAAAACUUGAGGCUCUCAGCGCAUAAGCAAAAGAUAACAGCGGGGUACGGAGUGCAGGGUUCUGGACCCUUGCCACCUCACAUGGAUUUGAAUGAAGCAGAGAAAAUUAUUUCUAGAGCAGAAAAUCUGUACAAGCAACCAUAUUUCUGGAACCUCCUGCAUUCACUCCCUCGUCUUGAACUGAACAGCUUUUAUACAGAAGAUGAGUUAGCUAUCAUAACACAGUUUCUAAAAGUUAUUCAAAAUUCCUUAACAUCACUGAAGGAUUUAGCUAUGAUGCCAUUGGGCCAAAGUUUCUAUGAAGUGGUGAAAAUGGCACUGAAUUUGACUGCUGCAUCAGUGCAGGAUAGGAGCUUAGAAGGUUUUCAAUACAAUCUUUCUUUUGGGGAUGUUUUGUGGAAUCCGCUUGCUGUGAAAGCAGAACUUGAAUCCAGGUUUGGUUUUGAUGGCACUCAUGUUGAGAAGCUGCUAAGUUAUACAGCACAAUUAACAGAGAUUCCCACAGGAGAGACACUGGAGCAGUUUGUGUGCUCUGCUCUGGCUCUUGUCCCAGAAGAUGAAGCAAACAAGGAGAAUAAUGGAGAGGGCUGUAAUUCUGCACAGCAUGAGGCCAAACUGUAUCUUGUUCAUGCUGUCAGCAAGUUCAAACUCUAUGCACGGGUACUUGAGCAAUGGCUCAACAGCAGCAGUCUCUCUCAAAAUUUCCUUUUGGAACUUAGAAGAAUCGUGGCAGAUUUAAUGUCUCAAUUUUUAGAUGACAGGGAAGACAGGAAACUUUUUUUAGCGAUAAAUACCCUGAUCCAGCAAUGGAAUGAGAAAUCAAAUGCCUAUUUUUCAGAAGGAUAUGUUCCAUCUCAUUGGAUUUUGACGUCUUUCAAAGAGUUUUUGAAGACAGAAGAAAACUUAAGGAUUUCUGGUGAAAACAAAAUGGAUCAUCUUUUUCACCUUGUAGAAGUCCUGGAAAGAAUGAUAAUGUUUGAUUUUGCAGUUUCUUCAAAUAAGUCUCUAAUGGAAAAUGCCUUGAAUAAUGCAAUUAUAUGGAUAAAAAUUUUUGCUGAGGGGGAUGAAUCUGCCACCAAUUUCUCACUUGCAGUUUCUGAACUCCAUAAUGACCUACAAAAAAAUUUCCAACCUCUUCAGAGCAUCUGGACAAAAAAGAGGGCAGAACUUUUCUGGCGUAUUGUGGAAAUUGUAUUCCAUGAACUAGAUUCUAGGCUUUCUCUCUUGAGUCAAGUAGAAGAAGGAGAGGCAAUUGAGACGCUAUCUAGAAUUUUAUCUUCCAUUACAGAAAAUAAAAUCUAUAACAGAAGUAUGGUGUUGCUCAAAAAGAUCCUGAGUGAUUGGCCAGAGUUAAAUAUUACUGCUUUGGACGAUUUAAAACAUUUUAGUGAACAAUUCCAAAGAAAUCUCUAUGAAGUUGGAUCAUUGUCUGGUGAUCGUGUCAAUGUCUCAUUUAGCACAAUUCCUGGAGUGAGUAAUACUUCUUCUUUAUUGCUCUCCAAUCCAAAUUUUAUGUAUAAGGUACAAGAAUUAGGAGAAAUUGUGCAUGAUUUCCUCAAAAAUAUCCAAAAAUUAAACAGUACUAUUGUGGCCUCACUUGUUCCAAAAAUUUUCUCUCUGUACCAGAAUGAUGAUCUGGUUUUAAAUAUUAAGAGCAAUAACACUCUGUUAAAACUUCUUUAUGAGGCUUCAAAAAGUAUGUCAUCUUCUCAAGUAUGGCAUGAUUUGCAAAAUAAGGAACUAGCUUUUGAUUUUCUGUUUGAAACUUUUGAUCUGCUCUGGAAUCUCACCAGUAAGGCUCUCUGUGAAAAAUUACUAUUAAUUUACAACUAUACAGAGUUUCAAGCACAGUUUCUUGCACAGAAUGGAAAAAAAGAUAUACAAGUUGUUUAUGACGUUCUGAGCAGCCUUAAAACUUUAUUUAUAGAUGACGAGUUCCAAACAGCUGUCUUAUGUUAUUUGGAAGAGUUUCUUGAUCUCCCUCCAGAAUGCCUGGGAAAUAAUGUGUGCAUUGAUUUCUAUCUAGCAAACGUAAGUUCAGAAGAGUAUUCAGUAGAGGUUUAUGACUUAAUUCUGCUUCCAUUGGACAGUAUCCUGUCUGAUGUAACAAACUGGGGAGAUGAGGUAAGUGUGCCUUCUGCUUUGCGCUGCACUUUUACAUGGCUUCAGGCAUGGACAGAGAUUUUUGAAGAAGCAUCGGAAAUCUUAAGUUUGAAUUCAACCUUUUUUGUCUGCCUAAGAGAUGAUUUGGCAUAUCUGUCUGAAAAUCUUUUAAAUGUAACUCAAGAUGAACUGUGCAAUAAUACAGCUAUGGCUAUUGUUGAAGCUGCAGGAGCAGCAAUGAAGCUUUUAAAAUCUGCUUUUCAGGAACAUGGCAAUUUAAAUGACUUGAAAGAUUUUGAGACUUUCCUUGUUAAUUUUCAAAGUGUAAUUAACAAUACAUUUGAAGUCACAAACUUGCUUAAAGAUAGCAGUUUAGAAAGUGUUUUAGAGACAAUAGGAGCUGUGAUAACUAAAAUGCAGAAAUCUAUACUGAAGAUUGUUAAUGAAGAGCUUUUGAAUUCUUGGCUUGAUGCUUUCAUCUCAGGAGCAUCUGCGGGAGAAGAUAAGGGUGCUGGUGUAUUUUCCAUUGAAAAUUCCCUUUCUACUAUUCUUAAGCUCUCCCAAGAGGAACUUGAAAUUAUUCUCACUGAGAUAAAUGACACAUCUGCUUUUUUAAAAAGUGUACCUCGAGACAAAUAUAUGGCUUGUAUCAGCAUUUUCCAGAAUAUUACCAAAUUAAUUUUGGAUAAUAGUCUGAAAGACAUAAGCAACUUGCAAACAAAUUUUUCAUCUCAUCUUAACUCCUUUCUAAACUUUCACAGUACGAUGGAUGAAGCAGAGGAUUGUAACACGUGGAUAUAUGGAUUAAGUAAUCCCACUGAAAAAAACAAGUCACCUUCUCACCUUGAAAGUGCAAAACAUAUUUUAUUUCUUCUGCAAUCUCUGGGAAAUGCUGAGACAGAUGCUAAGCUAAUGAAUGUGAUGGACUUCAUUAAUUUGGUUUUUAAUUUGACACUCCCUGAAUGUUCCCUAGGUGAUUCUGAUGUGGUUUGUGCAAGUGUUUAUUUCAAUAUCAUAGCAAAAACUUUGAAAUUUAUUCUCCCCGAACUUUAUGUCAAACAUGACAUAAAUGUGCUUGAAUUUAUUUUUAAACUUUUAAAUAAUUCUGGAAAGCAAAUACAAACUGUUAUCAGUGAUUUAGUUGGGAGCUCAUUGUAUAUGUCAAAUGAGACCCGUUUGAGUCAGUCGACCCGUGGUUUCAACAGAACUUCAAGAAUGCUCCUUAAUCCUUUUCACCACAUUUCUCUUAUAUCAGUGGAACUCUUGUCAGAAAUCCAAAGUCUUCUGAAAAAUAAAACUUUUGACUUCCAAGAAAACAGCUCCUCUCAUUUGGACAAUGAGAUUGAACCUUUCUUGCAUGGGAAAAAUAUCAGUUUGCUGAUGGAGUUCUUUCAAUAUAUGAUUAGAAAACUUGACUCAAACUUGCAAAAUGAACACAAAACAUUUCCUCAGAAAUUGAUAGAAACAGCAGGUCUGAAUAUUGAAAUGGUAAGGAAGGCACUUGAACUUUUCAAGUCCCCUACUUUUGUUGACAUUCCAUUAAGAGACGAAAAGGAGCUUCUAAAUCAUAUGGUUGCCUUGGUGCAAAUCAUGAGUAACAUGGAUGUUGAGUUUUUGAUAAGUAGAUUCAAACAGGUCCAGGAGAACCUAGAAAGUUUCUUUAAAAAUAUCAAACCUUUUAACCUUGAGAACUCUGGGUUAGGUACCUUAACAGACUGGUGGGAUGCAUUUGAGAACAUAUCAUGUUACUGGAACCUGACUGGUAUACACCAAAUAACACAGCUUUUUGAACACGAUGAGCUCUACAAUACAGAAGAUGUGUUCAACCUCCUCUUUGAUGUCAUCAGCCUUACAGAAAGAUUGGCUCAUGGAAAUGUUACAGAAGCACUAGCUGAAAUAUAUGCUUUCAUACUAACUCAGGAAGAAAAAAUGCCAAUGUUUACUGAUGAGGAGUUCUCUAACCAAGUAGAAGAUCUUCUAACAUUGCUGGAGAUGUUGGCAGACAUCUCUGAUGAAUCUGAAGAGGCCUUUGGUUGUUUUUCUGCAUCAUUCUGCUGGACUCUCACAACAGCAACACCUCAGAAUGAUGCCACUCUUAAACCCUGUGACAUGGUGCACACCAAUUCUACUUUGCAUUACAAUGCAGUCAUUGAAGUCAUUAAGGAGCUUAAACUCAUCACUUUGGAUGACAGUUUCGCUUGUUCUAUGGAGGACAUUCAGAUGGAUAUCACUCGUAAUCUGACUUGCUUUUUUCAUCAGAUUAAAGAAUGGAACUCUAUAAUUUUGAAGUUUUCUGAGCUCCAUCAUAUAAAUAGCCCAGUUCUCAAAGAGCUGCUAGAUUUUUGGAAUGAGCUAUCCCUUUAUGCUGUGCCACUGCAGGUGAAUAAUACACAUGCAAUCAACUGUUCCUCCACACCAAAGAGCCAAAUGGCUUUACAAAUCGUAGAAACUCUGGGCAGCAUUUCAAUGUCAGAAAUGGAGAUGGCCAAAAGACUUCUUGAACAGCUGGAUAAUCUUUAUGAUGGCCUAAGCUGGAACAGAGAGUCAAGAACAUCACUUCAGAGUGUUCUUACUAAUGUUAAGAAUAUGACCAGUGAAGUUUCCAGACUUCUGAAUACUGAAGCUGUUCUUUCUUUUCUUUCUGCAAUUCAGCCUUUAAUGACGCUCUCAUCUGUUGGAAACCAGACACAUGCAAUGCUUAGGACAAUAUCAUCUUUAAGUGGGAACACCAAUAUAAGUGACAACUUCUUGUUUCCUGUAGUUACAAGCGUAGAAAAUUUAUUGGUGAAUUUUACUGUUAGACACUUACUUUUGGUGAUAGAUCAAGGGUUUCAAUUACUAAAUUUGGCCACUGGACAGUCCUCUGAAAUGGCUCCUGAUGUCUUACUAGAGCAGUUUAAGACAUCAUCUGUAGAUGCCAUAUCAAGAAAUUUUGAAGAUCUACAAGACAUUGUGAAUAUCAUUCUAUGUGAGUGUAACGAUAAAAAUUAUUCUAAAAUGAUGCAUGCUCUAAUUUUCCUUAUGGCUAAUGAAAGUUCAUCAAAUGACCUGCUGCUGGCUGUCAAAAAUAUUAUUGCCUUUCUGGAGCUAUUCCAAAAUAAGUCUAAGGACUAUACUGGUAUGUUGUUUGGGGACAGUCAUUUUAGCAGACAGAAAUUGAACAAUACUCACUCUGCUUUUUCAGUUUUGCUAAACAGCCUCCUUCACAUAAUUGCUGAUCUUGAUGUUGUAGAAGAAGCUUUGCGUGCAAACAAUACCGAGCUUCACGAAGUUGACUUUAUUGAUUCAUUUUUUUAUAAUGCACCGUAUAGAGACACUUCUACUCAGUCCCAAAGCAGAACUCUGGAGAUCAUGGAAGAGAUUUUGCAAAUAAUAUUUCAGUCCACUGCAGAACAUGACAGGAAUAAAAUAAAACUCUUACUAAUGAAUUUGCAUAAGGAUGUAAUGGCAGAACUGAGUCUGAAUGCUGUGCCCCCACUAAUUGGCAGGCAACAGCCAUUUUUGCCUUUGGAGCUAAAUGUUAAGGAAUGCUUGCGUCUAAUUCUUUGUGGCGAUGCUGGAAGAUACUUGACCGCUUUCAACAAGGGAGAUUGUGAGAGUAUGGCAUAUAUAAACCAAAAACUUUCCAAUGAUUUGGAGAGCUUUGUGGGAGCCUGGCAAAAUACCAGCAGUGACAGCUGUGAAUGCCAGCUAAUGUUGGGGAAUGUCCAGAGACGACUGCAAAUGGUGACUGAAAAUUUGGAGCUACAAUUGUCGGAGAACUCAGCAGCAGCUUUCCUCAACAAUUUUAAUCUUGUGAAUGAUGUGAAAGUCAAAGAUUUUGUGCAGAAUAUUACUCGGUUGAGGCUGGAUAUUGGUUCUUCUGUCAAUAUUUCUGAAGAAACUGUCAAUACCCUUUUGGAAGCCAGUGUCUCUCAUUCAGAGGUUCUUUACAGGGCUUUUGUGAUAGCUUUAACUGGAAGAUGUGAUGAAGAAGUACUUAGCCUGCUGCUAAAGCUCCCUGAAAACAAUAGAACUUCCCUGGUAGUGGAAGAAUUAUGCUCUUUACCAGCACUGGACUUGUAUACCAUGUUUGUAUUGAUUAUACAAAAUUUGAAUGUCCGUCACAUCAUUUACAAGGUCCAGAUACCACCUGAGGUAGGCAAUGUAUUAAAUCUGCUACUGGAUGUGGUUUCUAGUAUCAGUUCACUUCUCAAUAAAGUCCAACAUGUCAUGGAAAAGCUUCCAGUGUUCCUCCAAGGAAUUCAAAAUAUUGGUGUGCUUGACAUCUCUGCAUUGCAGCAGUUUUUGCAGGGUGGGCAGUUCAGAAGUUCAGCUGUUGGAUCCCUGAAUUCUGUAAUCAAGGCAGUAUGUAAAGAAGAAUCUUCAUUUUUCAGCAAUGCAAACCUGUUCAUAGACAUGCCCAGAAUCAUGGGACUUUUGGAGGAAAAUAUGGCAAAAUAUGGCAUUCCUGAAGACUCAACUCCUUUUUGCUUGAAGCUUUAUCAAGAGAUUUUGCAGGCUCCUAAUGGGGCUUUGCUAUGGACUUUCCUGAAACCUUUAUUACAUGGGAAGAUACUGUACAAUUCAAACAUCAGCAUGAUUGACCUGGUGAUGGAGAAGGCUAAUUUCACUUUUGGUUUUGUGGAAAGCUUGAAGAGUUAUUCUGAGACAUGGCUUAGAAUGUCUGAGGUUUUCAAAAGCAGUGGAAAUGUCCUCACAGUCUCACGACUGCAGGAAGCACAGCAAAACAAUUUUGUAAAGCAUUUCAUAGAAAGUAAUUUGGAUGUCAACAUGGAAAAACUCCUCAAAAAAAUGAAAGCAUAUGAAACUAUGACAAACAAGAUGCUUAACAGCUCAGCAAGUAAACAGAUUGACCUGUUGACACAGCUUGUUGUAAAUAUCUCUUCCUGUGUGUUACUGGACCGUUUCCAACCUUUUGACUCUAUAGAGAAAUUGGAGGAGAAGGCUCAUGAACUCAUGCAGGAAAAUAAUCUUUUGGCUAGUAUCAUCUUCAGUACACCAGAGGACAAGAAGCAAGAUUCUAGCAAUGUCCUUCCAAGACACAUUUCAUAUACAAUUAGAACCAGUGUUCUCUACAGCAUGAGAACAGAUUUGAUUAAAAAUCCAACCUGGAAAUCCCAUCCCCACAAGCUGCCAGCUGAUGGGUUUAAAUACAACCAUGUCUUUAUUCCUCUUCAAGAUAUGAUUGAAAGGGCAAUUAUUUCAGCACAGACUGGGACAGACACCUCAGAGACAGCAAUUCAGGUGCAAGCCAUGCCUUACCCUUGCCACACCAGUGAUCUAUUCUUGAACAACAUAGGGUUUUUUUUCCCACUUAUGAUGAUGUUAACAUGGAUGGUUUCAGUUGCUGGUAUGGUUCGCAAGCUGGUUUAUGAAAGAGAAAUUCAUCUUGAAGAGUAUAUGAAGACAAUGGGUGUGUAUCCAGCCAUUCAUUUCUUUGCUUGGUUUUUGGAGAAUGUCAUUGUGCUCACCGUAAGCAGCUGCGCUCUGGCCAUCAUUUUGAAAGCAAGUGGCAUCUUUGCUUAUAGCAAUGGCUUCCUUAUCUUCCUUUUUCUCCUGGAAUUUGGAGUUACAGUCAUCAUGUUAAGCUACUUUUUGGGAGCGUUUUUCAGCAGCGCCGAUACAGCAGCUCUGUGUGCCAGCCUUGUCUACAUGAUCAGCUUUUUACCCUACAUAGUUUUGUUGGUCUUGCAGAACCAGCUGAGUUUCACCAACCAGAUUAUAAUGUGUCUUCUGUCUACAACUGCCUUUGGGCAAGGAAUAUUUUUCAUUACAUAUUUUGAGGGGCAAGAAAUAGGAAUUCAGUGGGAUAAUGUGCACCAGUCAACGGCACAAGGAGGAUACAUGACCUUUGGAUGGAUGUGCUGGAUGAUGUUCUUUGACUCCAUUUUAUAUUUUGUAGGCGGCUGGUAUUUCAGCAAUAUUUUCCCUGGAAAAUUUGGAUUGAAGAACCGAUGGUACUUUCCCUUUACUGUUUCCUACUGGAAGAACCUGUGUGGUACAGAGAGAAGCAAGAGACAUUAUCUGAAUUCUAAUAUGUUUUUCUUCAAUGAAAUCUUCCAAGAAAAAGACCUCGCAGCUCAGGGUUGGAAAGUCCCUUGCACUGAAGGAGCCACCACCAUUGGUGUUGUGCUGCUGUCCCUCACCAAAGAGCACGUGGAUGGUCGGAAGGCUGCUGUUAAAGAUCUCAACCUCACUUUCCAUAAGGGCCAGAUAACAGCGCUCCUGGGACCUAAUGGAGCUGGAAAGACAACAGUUAUAUCCCUGUUGACUGGUCUGUAUCCACCGAGCUCUGGCACCAUUAUUGUUGAUGGGAAGGACAUACGGACGGAGCUGGCUGCCAUCAGGACAGAGCUGGGUGUUUGUCCCCAGUACGACGUCCUGUUCAACACGCUGACGGUGCGAGAGCAUCUCCUGCUUUACGGAUCCGUGAAGGCACCCACGUGGACAAAAGAACAGUUGGAUGAGCAAGUCAGUGGAGCUCUGGAAGAUGUGGAUUUAUCCCAGCAUCAGUACAAACCUGUUGGAGCCCUUUCUGGGGGAAUGAAAAGGAGGUUGUCAAUUGCCAUCUCCUUUAUUGGAAACUCAAAGACAGUUGUUCUGGACGAGCCCACCAGUGGAGUAGAUCCAUGUUCUCGCCGUAGUAUCUGGGAUGUUCUUCUGAAGUACAAAGCCGGUUGCACUCUGAUCUUUACCACUCACCAUCUCGACGAGGCCGAGGUGCUCAGUGAUCGCAUUGCCAUCCUGCAGCGAGGCCAGCUGAGGUGCUGUGGCUCUCCCUCUUAUCUGAGGGAGACAUAUGGCCAGGGACACAGUCUGACACUCAUAAAAAAACCAUCUGUGUUUGAAAUCCAGGACCCUAAGCACAUUGUUCAGGUCACUUCUCUGGUACAGACCCACAUUCCGGAAGCCUUCUUGAAAGAUAACAGUGGAACCGAGCUGACCUAUGUGAUCCCAGAAAAGGCAGAUAAGACCUCUUUUAAAGGUCUUUUCCAAGCUUUAGAUCAAAGCCUUCAGCAUCUACAUGUGACUGGCUAUGGCAUUUCUGACACAACUUUGGAGGAGGUUUUCCUGAAGCUGCUGCAGGACUCAGAGAAGGUGCCCUGUGUUCCACAGGCAGCACACCUGGACCAUACAAAUGGUGCUGAAUCAGCCUGUAUUUCACUUGCUGGAGCCUCGAGUGUGCGUGGAGCCCACCUUGUUCUCACACAGAUUGUUGCCCUUGUGAUGAAGAGGUUUCACCACACAAGGAGGGACUGGAGAGGAAGCCUGUCAAAUGUACUGCUGCCUGUCCUCUUUGUUGCACUGGCAAUGGCCUUGUUUAGCGUGAAGCCGCUGGCUAUCGAUUAUCCUUCUCUCCAGCUGACACCAAGACUUUAUGGCAAUGCGGAAUCCUUCUUUAGCACUGAAGAUGAUAGCCUAGGAAAACUUUCCCAGGUUCUAUUGGGAUAUUUCUCUGAUUGGGACCACAGAUGCAUGCAUUCACAACACGGAAAAAAUAAUUCAUGCUGGCAGACAGAAUCUAUGUCACCUCAGGAUUCAUGCAGAUGUGUGUCUGAACAAGAGAUGUGCCCAACUUUCAAUACUUCUGCUCCCUAUGUGAAGAACAAGAAAGGACAUAUUUUGUAUAAUCUUUCAGGGUUCCCUGUGGAAGAGUAUUUAGUGAGGCCUUCCAACAAAACAAGAUAUGGUGGUUGGUCUUUUGGAGGGAUGAAAGCAUUUGAACUUCAAGACAAAAAAUUGAAUAACACUAAAUCUCAGCCUCUGGCUAAGGUGUGGUAUAACCAGAAAGGUUUCCAUUCACUGCCAUCCUACUUAAAUGAACUCAAUAACUUCAUUCUGUGGCUGAAUUUACCUUCUAAUGUGGAUUGGAGACUGUAUGGGAUAACACUCUACAGCCAACCAUAUGGAGGAGCCUUGUUGGAUGAGGACAAAAUAAUGGAGAAUGUUCGUCAGUGUGGGGUAGCCCUGUGUAUCAUGCUGGGAUUCUCCAUCCUUACUGCAUCCGUUGGAACUGCCAUAGUGAGGGACAGAGUAUCUGGGACAAAACGCUUGCAACACAUCACAGGCCUGGGUUACAAAACUUACUGGCUUGCUAACUUCUGCUGUGAUAUGCUGUUUUACAUGAUUCCAGUCACCCUGUGUGUUGGUGUUAUUAGUGCCUUCCAGCUAUCAGCCUUCACUUUCCGAAAGAAUUUGGCAGCCACUGUUCUCCUGCUGAUUCUCUUUGGAUAUGCAACUUUACCUUGGAUGUACCUUGCAUCCAGAUUCUUCUCCAGUUCAGAUGUAGCUUUUAUUUCCUAUAUCUCCUUAAAUUUUGUGUUUGGCCUGUGUACCAUGCUGGUGACUCUCUUGCCUCGCUUAUUAGCUAUAAUUUCCAAAGUGCAGAGUUUUCAGAACAUCUACACUAUCCUCAAAUGGGCAUUCAUCAUAUUCCCACAAUUCUGCCUAGGCCAGGGCUUAAUAGAGCUUUCAUACAAUCAGAUCAAGUUUGACCUGACCAGGAACUUUGGAAUAGAUUCUUACGUGAGCCCCUUUGAGAUGGACUUCCUGGGCUGGAUCUUUGUGGCAAUGUCCCUCCAGGGAACACUACUACUUCUGUUACGUCUUUUCCUUCAUUGGGAUCUCCUCUGGAAAUCAAGGGGUCAUUGCUCAGUUAACAGCACAGACAGCCCUUCAGAAGAUGUUGAUGUGGAAAUGGAGCGACAGAGACUCUUUGGUGGAAGAACUGGUAAUGAUGUUCUACUUCUGUACAACCUCAGGAAGUGUUAUGGAGGUUUCAGUAAGAAGAACACAGCUGUGGAAAACAUAAGCUUGGGCAUACCAAGGGGAGAGUGUUUUGGACUCCUGGGAACAAAUGGAGCUGGGAAAAGCACAACAUUUAAGAUGCUGACUGGAGACAUCAUCCCAUCUGCAGGACGUGCUGUUAUCAGGACUCCUACUGGUUCUGAAAUGGAUAUACUCUCUGCUAGCUCUGAAGGUAUUCUUAUUGGAUAUUGUCCACAACAAGAUGCCCUGGAUGAACUUUUAACGGGUUGGGAACAUCUUUAUUAUUACUGCACACUGCGUGGAAUUCCAAAGCAAGAUAUCCCACAGGUUGCAGAGGACCUUGUUAACAGGUUACACCUCAAUGCCCAUGCUGACAAACUGGUGAGAACCUACAGUGCUGGCACAAAGAGGAAGCUCUCUACUGCUGUGGCUUUAGUUGGUAAACCCCAAAUACUUUUACUGGAUGAGCCCAGCUCUGGGAUGGAUCCCUGCUCUAAACGGUACCUUUGGAAAGCUAUCCUGAAGGAAGUUCAGGAUGGCUGUGCAGCUGUGCUGACAUCCCACAGUAUGGAAGAAUGUGAAGCUCUCUGCACAAGGCUUGCUAUUAUGGUCAAUGGAGCUUUCAAGUGUCUUGGCUCUCCCCAGCACAUUAAAAACAGGUUUGGAGAGGGUUAUUCUGUCAAGGUUUGGCUUAGCAAAGAAAUAAGUUACGGAAGAAUGAUUUUGGACUGUCUACAAAUGCAUUUUCCUGGAACACAGUUUAAGGGGCAGCAUCUUAACCUGCUUGAGUACCAUGUACCAAGAAGUCAGGGAUGCUUAGCAGAGCUCUUCAGAGUCCUAGAGAAUCACAAAACUUUUCUCCAAAUCAAACACUACUCCAUUAGCCAAACUACAUUAGAGCAGGUAUUCAUUAAUUUUGCGACACAGCAACAGGGAGUCCCGCAUUCUUCACAAGGAUCUCCUGUUGUUCAUCAUGAUCAUCUCCCAGUCUAGGCUCAGAACAGGAUACAGCUUCAACAUAACAUAUGAGUGUGUGUGUGUGUGUGUGUGUUUGCAUAUAUGUACACACAAGCUACAUGCAAUAACUUUUCAACUGUGAGCAAUUUGUGUAUGAGAAACAAAUAGUAAAACCAGAGGUGAGUUUUUAUCUCUAGGAAUGGUACCAGUUCUUGGUUAAGCAAGAAACUGAUUAUGAGGACCAAAAAAUCUGCUAAAAAGUAGGUUUUCUUAAUUUAACUGGAAUUUUAAAAUACAGAUAGCCCAAUUAAUGUAGGAAAAAAAAAAAAAAGGCUGAUCUGAAAUGUCAGUGUGUAGUAGAUUUUUUUUUGUGAUAGCUCUGCAUUCAUUUGACUAUAGUACUUUCUUGCAUGCACACUUAAUAUCUAAUUUUUACAUGAUAAGGAAGAAAAAACAAUUGAAUGGUAGCAAUAGCUUGGCUAUCACCCAGCAUUUUUAUUUAAUCGCACAAAUUGAGAGCCUUUCAAUUUUCCUGUUAAUUCAGUUCUGUGUUGUGACAAGCUAAAUUAACCUUUUUAUUGUAUAAAGAAUGCACUGUAUUCCAUAAGGCUUUAUGUUAAAGAGGUUAUUAGUGUACUAGCCUAGUCUGCCUCCCAGUUAUCUCAAGUAAAUUUAACAAGUUUUCAUAAAUCAUACUUGACAAUGAGCCUAAGCCUGUGGGUUGCUGCAGGAAGUAUUCUCAAGUACCUUUUUAAUGACCUAGUUUGUUUUUCUCAUUUUUUUGUUUCCUUUUUCUUCAAAAAGAAUUUCAAAAUGCUGUUUAAUGGGAAUGUUAAAGGAAAAUAAGAUAAAAAUUGAGACUGUGAUCAAUAAACUUCUCAAUAAAUAUAUUAUGAUGCUAGAUAUUUCAGACAAGGCCACAGUCUUCAGCUGGUACUUGUGCAAAAUAAGUGAACAUUUAAUGGAUAAAAACUCCUUGUAUGUUUUGCUUGGAGAAAAAAAUGUGUGAAAUUUUUUUUUUAGUAAAUGGCUGCCUCAUCCAAAACAAAUCUUUGAAGCUUCUAUGAAAUUAUCUCGUGCCAUUUUAUUGAACUACACUGUCAAAUAGCUGAAAUUGUAGAACCAGUGACUUAGAAGUUAUUUGCUGCAAUAUGAUUUUGGGUGUGCAGUGGUGAGGGAAGUUCACUUU